GAAAAGAUUUGUACCAAGCUGUACGCGGUCUAUUAUCCAUUUGAAGUUAAUGUAGUGUGCCAUGGCUUCGGUGUAUCUAACCAUGGAGCUCCUGGGUUACGGUUUAUCAUGUUUAUGAUGCGUAGAAACUGUGGAGGAUAUUCUGGUUAAUAACGUGUUGUAGACAAACUUGGAAUCUAUUCGAUGGGUACCAGAAAUAAUUCUCUUCUUAUCACCAUCAUUGGUUUGAUGAUCUUCUUGACUGUUAUUUUCAUUCACACCACUUCUCAUGACGUAACAGUUUGGCUUGAACUGUAUCGAGGUUCAGUAGGACAUGGACAGGAUCAGAUGGCGAACCAAGUUGAGGAUGUUCAGCACAUUCAAGAGCAGAGAAAGGAGCAUUUGAAGAAGGGUUGUGCUGCCUUGGGAUACAGCCAACGCUUCGUCAACAAGAACCUUGAUCGUGCUACUCUGAGGAAGUUCUCUCGAGUCCACGUGAUACCCGAGCUCAAAGUCGUCUACUGCCCAAUCCCCAAAGUGGCGUCGACAUCAUGGCUACGACUUCUCCUGACUGCCGUCAACGAAGAUUCAUCUCAACCUCAUAAAAAAAGCAAACGAGUGUUUCCAAACCUAGCAUCCUUCCCUCCGUGGGAAGCAAGGAGGAUAUUAAGGACAUACACAACGUUCUUUUUCGUUCGAAAUCCAUAUGCCAGGAUUCUCUCAGCGUAUAAGAAUAAAAUUCUCUCUGAAGGGGAAUCGAAGUUCCGACAUGAGGUCUUGAAGUGGUACAAACUUCACGACCCGAACGAAUUGAAACGCAUGAAUUCUUCGAAGUACUUUACAUUCAAGCAAUUUGUUAACUACUAUACAAAGUCAACCGUUAAGAAUGUCCACUGGGAGGACAUGAUUGAGCUAUGUCAUCCUUGCAUGAUCCACUACGAUUUCAUUGGCCACCUGGAGACGCUUAAAGAGGACUCGGGUUAUCUGAUGAACCUACUGAACAUAGGGAUGCCCUUUCCAGAGGAGCAGAGACAUCAUCAGACAAACAGCUCUCAAGGAGACACCCUUCAGACUUUCUAUUCACAAUUGGCUGGUGGGGAGUACAAAGAUCUUUCAUUCAGCCAGGGUCUUGCUAGAGAUGCUCUUCUGUUUGGUUACGACACUCCUGAAAGCAUCAAACGCAGCUAAUCAAUAUUGAACAAGCCAUAACGUGACAUCGCUCUGGGGCAUUUCAUUACUUUGACCGAUACUGCAGUCCUUGCAUUGCCGCGCGCAACAGAACUCUUUUUGACAACCUUGACCAUGACAUCCUCUCUUUCACUCUUAUCACUUUAAAAUCUCAUCCUAUGAUAAAUAGGUACUCGAUCAGGAUCUUCUGCGUAGUUACAACGAUCCAAAGGCUCUCAGCAACACCUAGAAAGAUUAUUGAGAGCUGAUUUGGUGAAUGUGCACAGCAAAAACUGUGGUGUUAACCGGUGUACAUAGAGGACCACACCAGUUAUUUUACACUGGUGUGAUAU